AUGACUGCCUCACCGCCAGCGUCGCCGACGGGCGCGACCCCGCGGCCCAUCAGUGCUGUCAUGCGCACUCCACGCAGUACCAGUCGCCUAAGCAUGAGCAGCAGACAAGGGAGUCGUGCAUCAGAUGAGGUUGGCAAGACUGCAGUCAAAGUCGCUGUCCGUGUACGACCACCACUGAAACCCACCGACCCCGGCUACGAUUUGGUUCCCCAGCGAUUCCAACGUUCGAUGGUCCAAACUGUCGACUCCAAUAAUCUGUCCGUUGAUGUGCCCAAUGCCCAAAAGUGGUUUACCUUUGACCGCAUUUUCCCCGAAACAACCGAGCAGGAGGGCAUUUGGGAAUACGUGAGCGACAGUCUCAACUCAUUCAUUCAAGGAUACAAUGUCUCCAUCAUGGCAUAUGGCCAGUCCGGUGCUGGAAAGUCCUUCACCAUGGGCACCUCGGGUCCCAAUGAGCAGAAGAUUGCGCAGAAUAUGGGUAUUAUCCCCCGAGCGGCCCAGGUCUUGUUCGAUAAAUUAGACAGCCCCCCUAAACACAACAGAAAUAGCUCGACAGCCACCGGCCUGCGUACACCCCAGCGAUACUCCAUGAGCUCGGCCGCAAGCUUCGGAAAACAACAACCAGAAAAAGAGAAGACCUGGCAGCUGAAAGCUACCUAUGUCGAGAUUUACAACGAGCAUUUGAGAGAUUUGCUGCUCCCAGAUUCCACCCCAGCCAGUGACCGGAGCAACGUUACAAUCCGAGAAGACACCAAGGGUCGCAUCAUCUUGACUGGCCUGCACCAGGUCGAGAUCAAUUCAUUCGACGAUCUGAUCGGCGUGUUGAACUUCGGCUCCGCCAUCCGACAGACAGAUUCCACCGCGAUCAACGCCAAAUCAUCCCGGUCGCACGCCGUCUUCAGUUUGAAUCUGGUCCAACGCAAAGCCACUGGAGCACCAGCAACCCCCACACCAAAGGAGAAGCGCAUGUCUAUGCCCGCUGAUUCCUUCAACUCCGGUGACUCAGUGACUGUGGACAGCAAGCUCCACUUCGUCGAUCUGGCAGGCAGCGAACGGUUGAAAAACACCGGAGCGUCGGGUGAACGCGCGAAGGAGGGAAUAUCUAUUAACGCAGGCCUUGCCGCCCUUGGGAAGGUCAUUUCGCAGCUUUCCAAGCACCACGGUUCCCACGUUUCAUACCGUGAUUCCAAACUUACCCGACUUCUUCAGGAUUCCCUGGGUGGGAACGCAUACACCUACAUGAUUGCCUGUGUGACCCCGGCAGAGUUCCACCUGAGCGAGACUCUGAAUACUCUCGAGUAUGCCCAGCGGGCCAGGAAGAUCCAGAGCAAGCCCCGCAUUCAACAAACCUCCGAUGAUGGUGAUAAACAAGCACUCAUUGACCGACUCAAGGCCGAAGUGGCCUUCUUGCGCCAGCAGAUUCGCAACAGUGAAGGGGCCGAACGAAGGGAGGCUGGAUAUAACGACCGGAGCGAACGCAAGCACGAGCGUGAAAAGCAUCUUCAGAACCAGCUGUUGGAUGUUCAAGAGAGCUACAACUCCCUUAGCCAACGCCAUGCUAAGCUAAUCUCAACCAUGGCCACUGACUCGGAAUCGCCCACCAACGGCGAGAUGGAUGACGCUACCUCGGAGAUUGGAAAGAGCUCGGUGGAGAGAAUGCAACGGUCCAAGUCUUUCGCCGAGUCUGUGGAACAGAUGGUGCUGGAGUACGAGAAGACCAUCCAGAGCCUAGAGGCAUCGCUUUCUGACACUCGCUCCUCCCUGUCCGCCACCGAAAGCGAUUUGCUCGAGCGGGAGACCAAGUGUGCCUACGUCGAGAGUGUGAGAGAACAACUCCAGUCUCGCGUUCAAAAGCUACUUGACAGGGAAGCCAGCACUGAGAGUUAUCUCCACGAGCUUGAGUCCAGACUCGAUGGGCACUCUGGCGGCGAAGAGAAGCAUGCUGCGAUAGUCGCCGAGCUCCGCAAGGAACUCAGCCGUGCCCGCGAUAGCGAGGCUAGCUGCGAGGAGUACAUUUCUACUCUUGAGGAACGACUCGCCGAUGGUGACCAGGAUAUGGAAAUGAUGCAACGUGAAGUGAUGCGAUUGGAACAUGUCAUUGAACGCCAGCGAGGCCUUGGUCAACUAGACACUCUUCUCAGCCAGCUAGAUCAUCAUGGUGCGUCGGAUGUUAACGGGAACCAUGCGCAGCACCAACACACCAGAGGCGUGGGAUCUAUUCACAAGCACACACCUUCAUUGGAUGUUCUCAACGAGGCAGUUGAGACAGCCAUCCCAGAGUCAGAUGAGGAUCUCGUUGGGCCAAUCAUGGAGGUCGAAGACGAAGCUUCUGUCCGUUCAGACUCAGACACUGAUGUUGCUGGCGAGGACCUGAAGGUUCUUGAAUUUGCGACCAACCGGCUGGACGCUCGUCGCUCUGAGGCUGCCUACGAGGAUCCUAUCUCCAGCCCUGCGCAGUCCAAAUUCGUGGCCGACAAGCUGGAGACCGUCACCCAGGAGCUUUUUGAUCUGCGCUUGCAGCAUGAGAACACCAUGAGCGAUUUCGAAAUUCUCGAGUCCAAGUAUGAGCAGGCCCUCAAAGCCAUCGCCGAGCUUCGCCAAGACAAGAUUGAUGAAGCCCGCCACUCAGAACACCUCCAAAACGAGCCUUCACCACGUCCUGUGUCUUUUUUAGAGAACGGAGGUACUCCAAUCUCGAAGUCUGGAGUACAACAUUCAUUCUCGCAAUCACUCUCCUCGGAAUUAUCCUCGGCCGGGGAACCAUCUACCUUGCGCGAGUCCUCUGAGGACGGAUCAAAGGCAAUUUCAUCCGCUCCUUCGACUCCGCAGGUGAUGCCCACAGGCCAUGUGGACCCCGAGGAGUCAGAGAGCAUGCGCAAGAUGCUUGCUGAGCACCAAGAGAGCGCUGAACUGAUGACUCAGAAGUACAACGAGUUGCAGACUGAGCACGAGGAGAUUCUUGUCCUGGUCGAGAAGCUGAAGGCCGAAGCUCAGCGUGCCAAGUCGAGCUCUCCACCCUCGACUCCCGGUUUCAAGAUGAUUCGUCGCGUGACCAGCCAGAACCUGCUUUCUGGCGUGGACCGCGCCGCUCGCGCGCUGACCGGUCUGAGACUCAUUGCGACUGAGGAGUUUGCCGAGAAGCCAGAUGCCAUGCACAACUUCGAUUACCACUUGGAUCAAACCAUGCACGAGCUGCAAAGCCGUAUGGAGCGUCUCCAAUCCCUUGAAGCUGAGAACCAGGGCGUCAAGAAGGAAAUGGAGAUGAAAGCUACGAUUAUCUCUGGGUUGACCAGAGAGCGGUCUAGUUUGACAGGCGCCUCGCCCGUGGAUAUGGCUCUGGUGUCUCAGCUGCGCGACCAGGUCGUUUCCCAGGAGGUGCAGAUUAACCAACUUCACCAGGCUCAUGAGGACCGUCAAAAGGAGUUGAUGGAUGAGAUUGAGACCUUGAAGGGCCUCUUGAAGUCCCAGGAGAGUGCUACCCGGGCGAUGGAUGCCGGCGCCGAGGAGCAAGACAAGAAGAUCGGUGCCCUCCAGGGCGAGCUCACUGAAUGGCAAGACAAGCACCAGAGCGCCUUGGUCUCGCUUCGGUCCUCCGAGACGCAGUUGACGACGACCCUUGCUGAGUUAGAGAGCGCUUUGGCCUCUGUUGAGGCCAUGAGAUCUGAGCGAGCGGUCGCCGGCGGCGAGUCUGUCGACAAGGAGACCACAGCUCGAGAGCUUGAAGGUGGUCGUGCUGAACAGCAAGAUCUUGUGGAAAGCUUGAAGAAGGACAUCGAAGGACACAAGGCUACGAUUGCUACUCAGCUUGCAACCAUUGCUGGUCUGGAGAAAUCUCACUCUGAUGCCCGAGGAGAACUGGCUGCCCAAACCACCACCGAGGAGGCAACCAAUGCUGGUGCGGUUGACUUGGGUCUGACUUCCAAGGUCUCUGAGCUUGAGCAGGAGAUCUCCACCCAUAAGUCCGCUCUUGGCUCCCGCCAAGAUGAGCUAGACGCCCUUCAGGAAUCCCACAAGCGUGAAAUGGCCGAGCUAGAGGAACGUACCAGGGCCGCAGUCCAGGCUGAUCACGAUGCGCGUGAUGCUGAGAAGGAUGCCGAGCAUGAACAAUCCAUGGCCAUCUUGCGGAAGGAUAUUGCGGAGUCUCGUGAUGAAUUGGUAAAGCUACUCCAGGCAGUGUCCACCAUUUUGAAUUCCGAGGUUUCUGCCGAGACCUUGACAGAACAGAUCAAGGAUGUUUUGGCUCAGAAGCAGAACUUCUCUGACAAGUAUGCUGAGCUUUUGGACACCAAUGAGGAUCUUCGCAAGCGGAUUGAAGCCAAUGGUGAAUCUGACAGCCGCCUGGAAGAGUUUGCCAAGAAAGCCAGUGUCCAGGACGCCAAGGUUAAUGAGCUGGCUCUCUUGGUGGCUACAUUGGAGGACACUCUUCGCCAAAAGGAUGAGCAGGUUAAGAAGAAGGAAGCCUUGGUCGAGGAGAUCACCAUUGAGAAACAGAAGAGCGUACGCCUCGUCGAAGAGCUGGAGGAACAGAUCACUAGCAGCUUUGACCAGCACCACAACCGUCUGUCUGUCAUCCAGCAAGAACGCGACCAGGCCUUGGAGGAUGCAAAGGCCAAAAUCGUCAUCUACGAAGGGGAUAUUGAAACCUAUCAAGUCCGCAUCGAACAGCUGGAGCUCCAGAUCAAGAACACCGGCACCGGCGCAUCUGAAGGCGCCCACGACCGCAGCGGCUCUCUUACAUCAAACCUCCGUAAGAGCUCAUCGGCUGCAUCCCUCCCAUCGCCCCCACCGGCGAUCCCACUUCCACCUCUCCCAACCAUUGCCCAAUCCAACGGUUCAUCAAGCGUCUCCCCGCCUAGCUCCCGCCACACCAGCAAGGAGAUCGUCAACGCCCAGGUGGCUGAAGACCAAGAAGCCCGCAUCCGAACUAUCGAGAAGCAUCUCUAUGCCGAGAAGCAGCUUACCGCCACCUUGGAAGAGGCCCUCGGUGACCUCGAGGCGCAAAGUACUAAAGUCAAGAGCGACUGCGAUGCCUGGAAGAAGAAAGCCUGGGGCUUUGAGGACGAGCUCAACUCUCUCAAAAAGGAGCGCAGCUCUGCUCGCCUUUCCCUUCAAGCUGUUGAAGAAGAGCGUAACGCUCGUCGCGAGGCUGAAGCUGCUCGUGCUCAGCUCGAAGAACGCAUGCUUGCCCUCAACAAGAAGAAGAAGAAGAGUACUCUGAACUGCUUCUAG